GUAAAUAAAAACCCUAAAACGGGAUGUUAUCAGUGGCUCGGCUCUGAGUUUUUAUAAAAGCUCUGGGGACGGAUACAAGCAAGGCUUUGUGUUAACAGAAGGCUUUACUCUUCCCUCUGCUGCACAGGAUGCGCCUGCUGUGCUCUGUUGGGCUCUUUGUAGGCCUGUUGCAUCUGUCCUCCUCGCUACUGCUGGGAGCUUUCAACAUCAAGGCAUUUGGGGACACAAAAGCCUCCAACACAACUCUGUUGGACAUCAUUGGCACGGUUGUCCAUCGCUAUGACAUCAUUCUGAUCCAGGAGGUCAGAGACAGCGACCUGUCAGCAACCAAAAAACUCAUGGACCAUGUCAACAAAGGUUCCUCUACAUACAGCUACAUUGUCAGUGAGCCCCUGGGUCGCAGCACCUACACAGAGAGAUACCUCUUCCUGUACAGGCAGGCGAGUGUAUCUGUGGUUGAAAGCUACCACUUUGACGAUGGCUGUGAAUCCUGUGGGACAGAUACUUUUAUGAGAGAACCUUUUGUCGUCAUGUUCUCAUCCAGAUAUACCGCCUUGAGCAGCUUCACUCUGAUCCCCCAGCAUACCUCUCCGGAACUCGCUGUGGAGGAGAUAAAUGCUCUUUACGACGUGGUGACCGAUGUCCGCACUCGCUGGAACACCAAUAACAUUGUGCUGCUGGGGGACUUUAACUCAGGCUGUAGUUACGUGACGGCCUCUGAUUGGCAAAAGAUCCGCCUCUUCACAGACAAGAGCUUCCACUGGUUGAUCCCAGACUCGGCUGACACCACCGUCACUCCCACCAACUGCCCUUAUGACAGGGUUGUGGUCACAGCUGACAUGUUGAAGGGAGUGGUGCACGGCAGCGCACAGGUUUUUGACUUCGUGGCUGACCUGAACCUCAGUCAGAGCAUGGGACUGGCCGUUAGUGACCAUUUUCCGGUGGAGGUGAAGCUGACGAGCUAAAUUGCUGCCUGAAUCAUGACUCUCCCAACUGAAAAGUCUCACCGAUCAGGGAUUCAGGAAAUACAAGACCUUAAUAAAUCCAAAUAAUUCUUCAUGAAA